AUGAUCAAGGAGCCCGGUCUCCCGCUCGAGGCUAGCAACCUUGCCACCGCUGAGAAGAGAUUGAAGGCCCAGUUGCGACGUUUCAGCACGGCGCCCGCAGAUCUGGAGCAGUAUGAGUCCACCAUGCGCGAGUACUUUACCGAAGGGCACGCCGAACCGGUGACUGGGCCACACCCCACCAACAAUUUGUACUACUUACCUCAUCAUGCGGUCAUCCGCAACGAAGCCGUCACUACGAAGGUCCGAAUAGUGUUCUACGCGUCGUCUCACGUCCCCGGCCAACCCUCACUCAACGACGUCUUGGCGAAGGGUCCGAACCUAAACAGCGACCUUCUGCGUUUGCUCAUCACGUUUCGGUCCUCUCCCAUCAUCCUCAACGCAGAUACCCGCAAGGCGUAUCUGCAGAUCCAAAUCCGGCCGCAGGACAGGGACGCCCUACGUUUCCUGUGGAUCCAGGAGUUGCCGUCGGCAUCCAACCCUCACCCAGCAGUCAAGCAGUGGAGGAUGACAAGAGUGUCGUUCGGAGCCUCGUCUAGCCCAUUUCUACUCGCAGCAACGUUACACCACCAUUUCGGUGCCUGCAAUCGCUAUCCACUCACGGCGGCUCGUUUGUGUACCAGCUUCUACGUAGACGAUCUGGUGGUUGGAUGCGACAACACGCAAGAGGCAGAGACCUUAUAUGCGGAAACGAGGGCCAUCUUGCAAGAGGCCGGAAUGGACAUCCGGAAGUGGGCGGCGAACUCAAUGAUGCUUCAGCGGAAGUUCCUCGAGGACGGAACGGCAUAUAACAACGUCGGUUGCACGGACACCGUGCUUCGUGUGCUGGGAGUGCCGUGGGAUCGUCACGCGGACACAAUCUUGGCGCCAGUCACCGCGGUUCAUGCGUUCGCCAAGCUUAACGAGCCCACGAAACGCACGGUGCUCAAGACGGUUUCCAGAUUCCGCAUCCGCGGAGUCAGGCCCAACGUGGCAUGGAAGGCAACCUUCUGGACGGACUCUCAGAUUGCGCUGCAGUGGGUCAAGAACACGGCUUCACGGUGCCCGCAGUUUGUAGAAGGCCGCGUGCGGAGACAUAACCCAGCCGACCUGCUCACGAGAGGAAUCUCCGCGGACGAGCUCGUUGGCAGCGAGCUGUGGUGGGUUGGACCCCCAUGGUUGUCUGGUAGUGUCGACCCGUCUCUCGAACCAACAUCGAACCGCAUCCCAUCGUCCUCUCGGACGGAAGAGACGUGCUGUCCAGUCGCGAUCCGCCAUGGUGACCCAUCCUCCGGUUAG